UUAGAUUAUAGCAGAACACCUGCCAAUUAAUCCUGACCCUGUAAAAACAAUAACUGCCUAUCUAGAUAUGCCACACUUCUGCCUGCCGUUGGCAACCCUCCUGGACUAGGCUGCUUUUGUUAAUCACAUGGAUGUUGCUGGUUGCACUGAGUGUACACGCCUUCACUGUUCCAGAGUGGAGCCUGACAACUACAUUCUCCUUCUCAAGGGAUAUAGAUUUGGACCGCCCAAGACACAAGGCCAGCAUGCUGCUCCUCUGUCACGCUCUAGCUGUAGCUCUUGUCCAGAUCGUUAUCUUCUCAGAAAAUUGGGCAUUUGCCAAGAACAUCAACUUCUAUAAUGUGAGGCCUCCUCUCGACCCUACACCAUUCCCAAAUAGCUUCAAGUGCUUUACCUGUGAAAAUGCAGGCGACAAUUAUAACUGCAAUCGAUGGGCAGAAGAUAAAUGGUGUCCACAAAAUACACAGUACUGUCUGACAGUUCAUCACUUCACCAGCCAUGGAAGAAGUACAUCCAUCACUAAAAAGUGUGCCUCCAGGAAUGAAUGUCAUUUUGUCGGGUGCCACCACAGCCGAGAUUCAGAACAUACAGAGUGUAGGUCUUGCUGUGAAGGAAUGAUCUGCAACGUAGAGUUACCCACCAAUCAUACUAAUGCAGUCUUUGCCGUAAUGCACGCUCAGAGAACAUCUGGCAGCAGUAUCUCCAUACCCUACCUACCAGUGCUUGCCUGGGUCUUUGUGCUUCUCUUGCUAUGAUGCCACUGUUCCUGGGAGAGGCAGAGACCAGCCCUCUGAAGCACAAGCCCAAAACGGUGUGAGCAGUGAACUUUGAAGAGACCAAUCUUGCACUUGGCGAAGUGUGUGUUGGACCCCCCAGGCAGAAGCCAGUGGUUUGCUUUGAUUAAAAUGCUCCUGCAUGAGGCCACAGGACUGAGAAUUGGAAUUUAGCUGAGAAGAUGAUCUGACUUCCAGGCUUCCUGGUCAAAGGGAGCUACAUUUUCAGGGAGGAUUCUGGUGACUAGUCUCCACUUGACUAGCUAAGAGGAUUCCCUCAGAGGCUGCCAGGGCAAACAUUUCUGUGAUUAGCUCAGAGCAGUUCUAUGAAGUCUAACUCUUCCCCCAUGAGAAAGCAGUUUUCCUCAUCAAAGUCAAUAAGAAUGCCUACUGUAUAAAGAAAACUUCCAGUUGAAUUAAUAUGAAAUCUAUUUGCUAGUUGUGAGGGGAAAAUAAAGCUUUUAAAUUAUACAUUGUAAA